CAAAAUGAUAAAUGACCCAAAAUUUAAAGAAAAAAUGUUAAAUGACCUUUUGCUGAUGUCAUAGAUGAUUGAAGUUACAAAUUUAUCCUUUGAUCUUUUAUUCUUUAUUCUUGUUCUGCCGAUGAUGCUCGCAACUUUUCUCUGACCAAUUUCAAUAAAACCAAAAGUUGAUAACACUAAAGAAAGCGAGAGAGAGAGCGAGACCGAGAGAGAGAAAGAGAGGGAGAGCGAGAAAGAAAAAGAGAGCGAGCGAGAGAGAGAGUGAGACCAAGCGAGAGUGAGAUACUUUUCCGUGUGCGCACAAGUAUAUUUUGGUAAUUUCACCUGGAUUUGACGUCAGCAGAGGGCGAUAUUUUUUUUUCAAAAAUUGGAUCAUUUGAUAUUUUCGGUCCAAUUUUUAGGUCAUCCAUAUAAAUUUAUCGGAUAUAAUGGGUGAAUAAAAAAACAUAAGUAUUUGUUUACUUCAGGUAGGCGAACUCUGCUCAAGGGCUACAAUUUCCGACACUAUAAGUUUCUCUUCGCUUGAUUUCGUUAAUUUUCGUAUCAAUCUUGUAAUUCCGGUAACCAAUCCUCGAGGUUCUCUCUUUCAAUUUGGUCACACAAGGAUUUCAACAACCCAGAUUCUCCAUUUUCUUUUCUAUAAGGGUACACCCUCCAACUGUUCGACAAAAUGCUGCAUUGAAGCUCCAGGCUAUGGCAGACUGAAGCUAUAGCUCGGAGUUCCACUAGGGUGUAAAUUCAUGAAGUGACUUUCGAGUCAUGAUUAUGGCGUACAAGAAUUUGCAGAGGCUGUUCUUCAUCUCUCGCCUAAAGCAUCUCAAUAACACGAGAUUUGGAGCUUUGCAAUCAAAUUCUAUGUUGUAUCAUUGCGCAGAGCACUCCUCCGCCGAUCAAGAGGUGUUACCGUCUGAAUGGUACGAGAAUGCUUUUCGGAAGAUAAAGAAAUUGAGCUGCUCGUUGAAGAAUGUGGAUUUGAUCGAUGGACGACUUGUUAAUGUUAAUGAUGAUUCGACCAUUAUCGACGAGCUAAUUGAACAGAGAAUGCGUACUUUCAAGUCCCUUGUAGGAGUCUUGAUUGGUUCUCCAACGGCUCGGAGGAGAAUAACAGAGAUGGCUGUAUCGAGUUCUAUAACCUGCCAGCCUCACGCAUGGUUCAGAAAUUUAAGUGAACGAGAGCCAAUGAUUGUUGAUUCACUCACCAAGAUCAGCAACUUCCUCAACGUCUCUGCCCAACAAAGGAAACUGGUGCGCCACACCAUAUGCCCACAGGUUACACAGCAUCAUAUUUGGACUGGUGCAUUGGAUCAUAUGCUGAAAGAGUUAAAUUUGGAAUUGGUUCCAUUAUCUCGUCAGUCAACCAACAAAGGGAUCAAAAUGGGGCAUCAGAUAGUUUCAAGUUGCCUAAAGUUUCUGGAUGAUGCCACCAAUUCAAAUGCUCACUUCACUUCAUGGAUGCGGCCAGCGCCAUUACGAGCCGCCGUUGUCGAUUCAUCUGCACCGCCGAGAUGGGAAGACAUGCUCGAGAUGUUCACCGAUCUGAUUGACUGUCUGAAAGAAGAGAAGUGUUUGGUUCAUUAUGUGACAAAGCUUAAGGUUAUGAAAGAGGGGCUUUCCCAGAUCAAAGAUGUGUUGACUGAUAAAAGUAUUGGAUACAAGGAAGCCAGUCAUCAAGAAAGCUUGGUGCAGAAGAAGCUUUCAAAGACAUUGGGCCACUCAUCCAGGUGCUUAUUCACUCUUUUACUAUACUAUAUUUUUGGGCAUUUUAGGGAUAUUGAAGUGGAUCUUUGUGGUGGGUUGUUGAAGGCUGAUGGGAAUGACAAGUUUUUGUUGUUCAUGGGGAGGGUUUUGAGCUCUGAUGAGGAGAAAAUUGUUUGGAAUGGAAUGAGGCAGCUUGAUCGAGUUAUGGGGCUUUUUAAAUUUGUUUGGGAAACAGCUGGAAUGAAGGGACAAUUGGAAUUGCAAGGCCAUUUAUUUUGUGUUGGGACCGAGGAUAGGCAGCUUAGUUAUAAAGGAAAUGCUUAUUUAUUGCAUGAGAUCAAUUUGUAACCAACAUCUCUCUUCAUUAUUUUAUUUCCUAUAGGCCAUAGCUUUUGUUCUGAAGAAAAUAAUAAUACUAAAAAAAAAAAAAGAAGAGCUCUUCUAUCUUCAUUUA